AUGAAGAACGACGAGAGCAAGAGCUGGAUUCCGUCCAAGAAUUCUCCUACGAACAUGGUGUCAGCGGUCCCGGAUGCACUGAUAGGACUCGACGGAGCUCCACAAACCGUUGAACGGCCUGUUGAAGGAAACCCAAGCGACAAAGAUCCGCUCUUCACUGAUCCAGAGAAAUCUGGAAUUGCGAUCACACCCGGAACAAGACGAGUACUGGAAACGUAUAAACACCGACUCUGGAGCAAAGGCGUGGCAGAUGAUGCAUGGAGUCCAUUGGCGCAUCGCGCGUGCAUACAAGGGAACGAGCAACAGCUCAUACAUGAUCCAAAUAACGAUGCAAAUAGCAACGUGCGCCAGGAGGAUUUAGUCAAACAGUAUUCCUGGCAAUUUAUCACCUACAACGAUAAGACUCCAAUAAGGAUGUCGAUCGGGCAACUCCCUCCUCCGAACUCAUCGUUCAAAGACGUCAUCCGAUACGCAAGAAGGAUUCUCACAACUGUGAUUAAUCACACCCUGCUCAUACCUAAUACGUGGCCGACAAUAUCAGAUGAGGAUAUAAACGUAGAAGAUGUCCAUCUGGUUUUACGAGCCAUGUUGAGGGCUCAUAUCGAGAAGUUGGAGAAACAACUCGGCGCAGACGUCAUCUCAAUUACAGGGAUCGAAGACUCUGUUAAUUUCCCGUCGUCUGAGAGCGACAGUUUGCGUGGGAAGACGAUCACGCUAGGACUAUGGGACAAUCCUAGACCUGAUAAGAAUAUGCGAGGCCAGCAGCUGGAUGCCGCUUUCAACGCGCUGUAUGUCUUGUUGUGGCCCGGCAGCUAUACAGCGGCGUCAGAACUUGCUGUUGAACGAGUAAUCGGUGCACUCGUCGCACCGAAUUUCGGGGUUAACGAGUGUGAAACUCUCUCGGGACAGUCUGUACGGACAUCCUUGAUCCUUGGGUGUUUCGGAUCGUAUGCGUCGGCCGAUAUCUGCACCAAGAUGAUAUACCAUCCACCGAAGGACGUUUUUGACAAAUCAUCCCCUCCUCUCGACUUGACCGUACUCCAGCCGGUGGUUUUUGGUGCAGAUGCCAAGGUACGCCUAAGAAGCAAUGCAGCAAAGAAGAGGAAGGAAGACGACCUAGAAGACGAAUCAGAGGGUGACGACGAUCAUACAGAACCUACUAGCCAGGCGCCUAUGCUUCGACAUGGUACAAGCAGUCCUAUGCAUCGCGUUUCUGCCCAAUUGGCCUUUCUUUUCCAGCCAACCAUGAAGAUAUUCAUUGCACAUCUUUCAGAGAUAGAAGAGAAGAAGGUUGAAGGGAAUCUACGGUUGACAAUACCGAAUUGGGAGUCAUUGCCUCUCGAAGAUAAGCUGAAAGAAAAAGUGAAGGCGGUCAAUUGGACUAAUCUGAAGAUUCCCGAAUGGAUGUUUGUCUUCGGCAUCGGAUACGACUCCAAUGGCUUCAUAAUAUACACUUUUUAUCCGGUCCUAUUCGUGGACGGCAAUCAGCCUCGCUGGGAGUUUCUAUGUUUCCAGACGUCGACUUACUUCGACAACGUAUUUCAGCAUUAUGAUGCUAAAAUGCGGAUCGCAGCUUUGAAAACACUAUUGGCGAUGAGGAGGCAUUCACACUUCCUUGCUCAAUCCCUCAGAGCUGGCGAUCACCAAUUGCAUCUUCCAGAGGAGUUCAUCUUGGUGGUUAGGCGAAUGGCCAAAGAAGACGAGGCCAUCCGGUUGAGUCAGGUGGAGGCUGCCAAGCAACGUGAUAAAGACAAAAAAUCCCAGAGGGAUGGUGGGUUGGAGACCGAAUCUGUCCCUACGACUUCAAGGCAGCGGAGGGCCCCAAGACAAAAGGAAGAAGAGAAGGAGUACAGGCCGAGUGCAAGCUUGGGCUCGCUUCAGGGGUCGACGAGGCUCACAAGGUCUGAUGGAAAGGGGAAGGUAAAGGCUGCGUAG